GAGACGAAGCUAACAAAGAUAGCUCGUCCAUUAACAACAUUACCGCUUCGCCCUGCGGUUCUACCCCCCAAGACAGCAGGGCAGUCUUAUAAAUCGCCUGGUUUUGACGGGUCGCUGCUCCUGCAGGACAGCUGGCUGCUGUCAUGUUGACGGAGCUGCUUGGAUUUGGAGGCUCUUCCUUCCUCCGGGCUCAUGAUGUCGGAAGGACUCGCUAGUUUCGCCUGAGCUCCUCUCAGCCGCCGCCGCCGCCGCUGCUGCUGCUUCACAAGUUGGUUGUUGUUGGACACUCGGCUCGGGGAAUGACGAUGCACAGUACCGGAGCGUUCCAGGAGCCCUCGCAGGGUGCAGGGGAGCGGGGCGAGCUGGUACACUCAUUAUCUAAAGAGACCGCCGGGUCUCCAGACGCCUCUGAGUUAGGGAGCCCUCGCUGCACACCAAACUUUGACCUCGUCAACAUGGUUGUGUCCUAUAAGAGGAUGGCUUUGUUUCUUGAACCUGUUGCAGAUGCAGUGGAGCUCAGCCGCUACCUGCUCGGAUGGAAGAUGCCACUGUGCUCUCUGCUUGUUUGUAUAUUCCUUAAUGUUUUCUUCUGCACAGUUAAUGAAGUUGGUUGGUUCACCGUGACUGUGGUGGCGGUAUCGGCGCCUGCUGCCCUGGGUUACCUGCAGGACAGGUGUGGGGGCAGAGCUUCUGAAGCUGAGCUCCAGAAGAGGCGCUAUCAUGCUGUGCACCGGAGAGACCUGCAGACAGUGCACCUCACCAAGCAGGAGGCCAUGCUGGAAGUGAAAGACCUGUUGAAGCAUCUGGAUGACAUGCUGUCCUCUGCUUGUCAGUCAGCAGAAGCUAUUUACAAAGUCCUGUACUGGGAUAAUCACACCAAGUCAUCAAGGUUCUACGGAGUGCUGUUGAUAGUGGUGUGUCUGCUCUAUGUUGCUCCUUUGGGCUGGGUGCUUGCUGGGCUCAACAGCGCCAUCUUCUUAUGGAACAGAGACUUCUGCAGAGUUUUGUUGGACCUCAGGAAGCUGUUCUACUUGGGUCAGACGCCGACGUCAGAGGGGAUGUGUGAAGACCACGAACACAGCAACUUGUUGGACAGGACUCCCACGCCAACCAGUGUGGAGGACCUGUCUCCUGGCAGUGUGGAGGAAGCUGAGGAGGCUGAGCCUGAUGAUGAAUUUAAGGAUGCCAUUGAGGAACAUUCAGGUUCAAUACAGGAAACCCCUUUGGUGUUAGUGGAGGAUGACGACGGGCCUCUGGGAGCUCCAGAGUAUGACACCAUCUCUGAAAAUGGUCUUCUGAGCCGCAACGAACCAAUUCGCAGCAAAGUGUCGAAACUGACAGAGAAACUGCGGAAACGCUAUCCCACAGCCAGCACAGGCAACUGUUCUAGCUGCAAUGCUGUCUUCUCAGUCCUGAAGAAGAGGAGGAACUGCAGUAACUGUGGCAACAGCUUCUGCUCCCGAUGUUGUUCCUAUAAGGUGCUGAGAUCUUACAUGGGAGCAACAGCUCCGGAGGCGCAGAGAGAGACCGUGUUUGUUUGUGCUGCCUGUAAUUCCUCUCUUAUCAAGUUACAAUGAGAUGGCAUGUUAGUUUUUGUUCUCCUGGUGGGCAGCAGGAGUUCAUUCACUGUUCACCCCUGAGCCCUUCACUGAAACCCUGACCUACAUGCCUUGGUUUUCAAGUUACAUCCGUGAAGAUGCCUCCCACGUGGACCUCAAAGACCCCCCUGUCUUUGCACCCCUCCUUAGCAUCUUUUAUUGCUUAUGGGACUGAAUAUGUUAAAUAUUCCCCGUUUCAACUGUCAGUGAAGGACUGGACCUUAUGAAUCAAAGAGACUUACAACAGAGCACAGAUGGCUCUAAAAUUUAUAGGACCUAUUUUUUCCCCCUCUUUCCGAGCAGAUAUAAGUACAAAGCAUGCACGUCGGAGCCAGGACUGAGCUAGCGGUGUUGGAUGAUACAAAUAGACAUAAAAGGAUGUCAAACUUUGCUUCUCCGCAAAGUUGAUUCCACUUGAAUGUUGAUAUCUUUAGCCCUGUGUAGCAGACUAACUGUACUGUAACAGUGAGAGGACUUUUCCGUAUGAACAAAAACUGAGGCUGCACUGUAAAUUUGACGUACGUUUAGAUUGGGGAUGAAUGAGACGUUUGUGCCACACAAAACUGAACAAAAUAAUGGAUGUACAACCCAAAGAGGUUCUGCGUUGGCCAGCCAAACCAGUCAAAACAUUUGCACAGGCUUGUUCACUGAAACACUUUGACCCGCAGCUGUCAGCAAUUUCACGUGAUCAGUUGUACGUUCGUCCAAGUGUCUGACCUCGAGUCGGUAAGUAGGUCGAUAUUUGCUCACGAUGCCAUAUCCAAGAGCAUUCUGUGCAUUUUACUUUUGUUGCGAUCCUGCGAGAGGAAUGCUCACUUUGACUUGAGGUUCCCGCCUGCUGAAGGAGCUCAUAAGACGCAGACAAGAGCAGAUAUGAAAUACUGAAAAACCCAUAACUCUAAUGCAGUAAACGGAAAAUGCAUGGCCUGCUGUAAAUCACAUGAUAAAUGGUGGCGUGUAGAUGGUGGGGACUGAGGCUUUGUGAUUUAUUUAAUUUUUUAAUUUCUUUUUCGCAGAACAGCUCGCUCCUCUUGUAUUAUUCAAAUUGUUGCUCAUCCCACGUUUCAUUCCUUUGUGGACGUGUCAUGAACCUUUAUUUUUUUUUAUUUUUUUGGAGUAUAUGAGCAGCCUAAAAGUCUAGAGGUCCCUGAAGCCCAUGCUUUUCCUCUAACUGGAUCAAAGUCAACCCAACUGGAUUAAAGUAAUCUGAAUGGACUGUGAAACCAGCUGAAACCGCCGUCGGAGCCUCACACUGUUUGCAAGCGGGACUUGACACGAAGAAGAAUUGAUGUGGAGGCGCCGAAACCCAGGAGGUAAAUCCUGGAGGCAGUCGUUUUAAUCACGAUUCAGACACAGAUGAUUGUAACUGUUUGCUUUGCUUUUAUUGUAAUCGUAUAUAUUAAAAAAAAAAAAAAACGUUACCGUUACUUGUUCUAUAUCUAAUAUAUUUAAUUUAAAACUCCAGAAAGUGCAAGUUAUCAUUUGAAUCAAUGAUUACUUCUGUAUAUAUUGCCCCCUUAUUUUAAAAGUUGGAAUAUGCCAUUACUAAAAUAAACUCUGUGAAGAUUUAAUUAAAGCGA